GGUCGAGACUGGUAUCGUUUCCCGGAAAUGCGCCAAGAAUCGGACCAGAAGCUCGACCACCGGAGCGUACAGAUCUCUCUCCUGCUCCGCCUCGGUGGGAAUCCCCGUCCAGCUACAGUGGUCCCGAUCGUAGCCCACGUAGGUAUUCAGCCAAAUCUGUGCAGCGUGGCGGAGGUCGGGAUAGGAUUCAUCGACCAUCGACUCGAGAUGUUGGACAAAUUCCGGGUCUUCGAAGAAGUAGCCCACGAGUUCCUGCAAGACUUCGGCUCAGACGCAUUGCGCCACCCAGUCCAAUGGCUCCGGUUCCUCGCUCACGAUGGGAGUUUGACGCUCUUACUAAGAAUAGAGACGGAAAUCCAUGGGCAAGUAGUGGAAAUAGUCCUGAG